CUUUAAAUACUAAAGAAACACUGGAAGCAGAGCUGCGUGGUACAUUCAACCGUUUAAGCCGACUGAGAGCUGCUCAUAUCUGACUGCACAGCGAGCAGCUGAGAGAGAGACACACCGCGCCGGAGGGGUGAGUCCACACACUCUCUCACAGCUCGCGAGGAACUUCUGACUGAAGUUUGUGGAGGUGGUCUCGUGAGCGCGAGCGUCUUAAAGGCGGCAGCAGCAUCGCGAGGGAAGAGCAGCUGAGGAGGAUCUCUCUCUUUCUCUCUCUCUCACUCAGCCGCUUCAUUCACUCUUACGCCGCUUUGAGGACGGAGUUUGAUCACAUUUUCCCUUUUUAAAGUGUAAAGAAGACGUUUUCUGUUAUUUUCCCCCCACACGGAUCACAGCGAGCUGUUCCUGGAUAGAAGUUCAUUCCUGCUGUAAGUACAGUUACUGCUGGACUCGCUUGUACUUUUCAACGUGUUUUCAUUUGAACUGCUUACUUUUUAACAUGGAAAAAGUCCACAUUUUGAAGUGACUUCUUCACUCCCGGUCCUUUCAGUAGUUAACAGUGUCCUGAAAUACUGAUAAAAGCUUCGCAAACAUGGAUAAAUACGAAGACUUGGGGCUCGAGGCGAGUAAAUUUAUUGAAGACCUCAACAUGUACGAGGCGUCGAAGGACGGUUUGUUCCGAAUGAAGAGAGACGCGGGAAACAACCCCGACUUUGAGGAGACCCGGAGAGUGUUCGCCUCGAAAAUGACCAAAAUCCACAUGCAGAAGCACCAAGAGGAGAUGGCCAAAAACAGCCUGGCGGCGAGGCUGAACGGGGGUCACGGGAAAGUGUCAGACGGCACGUUUUACACCAAAGACAGACCACCUAUCAGUAGCUGCAGGCAGGGGGGCGAGGCUGCAGCUAAGCCGCCCAUACUGUCCGGGCCCAUGCCAAGCGCAGCCAGCAUUAAUCAGUAUUCAUCAUAUGAGGGCCAGAAACAUCAUCCAGCCACCCAACAUGACGCUCCCGGCAACAGGGGUUAUAGCUAUGGAAACAGCCAUGACCAUAAGGAGCGUGUGGAUUCCUACCAUCACUCACCAGUCAGCCCUGGAAACUCUCACAUCCAGUCAUCGCCUACACAUACAGGCCACCCUCCCAGCCCUUCUGGUACUUGGGCCACUAGGAACAAUCCUCCCUGUCAGGCAUCAUCACCCACCCUUAGCAACAGUUCAACAAGUCCGAGCACACCAGGAGCUGGUCAGAACCAUGGAGUCACUCCACCACUUCAUCAAAACCUGCCAUCCCAAACUUUUCCAAGUACUGGCAAGCCUGAUUCUGUCCCACGAUCACCCACAGGCACCUACAGAGCAUCCACAGACUCCUACCACCAGCCUCCGACUCACGGGACCCCCUCUCAUCACUUUGAGCCCACCCCAGCUCAAAGGCCUGCUCAUGGAGACCCACGCCUCAAUGGGGUUCCUCAGAGCAUUGGGCCUACCCAGGUUACCCCACCAGCACACAGCCAGCCAGAAUCUCAUCAGAGCAGUCCCAAAGCAGGCCAUGGUCUAGCGCAGGGGGGUCCGGCCAUGCCAGGCAGCCAGGCAACCUCUUUCGCUCAAUUAGCUGCAGCCGAGCAGCCGGCCCGCAGCGAAGCCCCCAGCCCCCCGCGGGCACUCAAACUGCCAUGCCAUACUCUCCAUAUACAGCAGGAGCAUGGGCCAUCUGUGGCUGAAAUAAAAUUAGAAGCUCUAACCGAACGCCUGGAAAAGGAGAUGGACGCCCAGCCUAAGGCCGACUACUUCGGCAGUUGUGUGAAAUGCAGUAAGGCUGUGUAUGGGGCCAGCCAGGCAUGCCAGGCCAUGGGCAGCCUCUACCACGACAGCUGCUUCACCUGCAGUGCCUGCAGUCGGAGGCUCAGGGGGAAAGCGUUUUACUAUGUCUGUGGGAAGGUGUUCUGUGAAGAGGACUUUCUGUACUCUGGAUUCCAGCAGUCGGCAGACAAGUGCAACGUGUGUGGCCACCUGAUCAUGGACAUGAUCCUGCAGGCGCUGGGCAAGUCCUACCACCCAGGCUGCUUCCGUUGUGUCAUCUGCAAUGAGAGUCUGGAUGGAGUGCCUUUCACUGUGGACACAGAGAACAAGAUCUACUGCGUCAAAGACUACCACAGGGUCCUUGCGCCUAAAUGUGCAGCAUGCAACCAACCAAUCCUACCAUCUGAGGGGUCUGAUGAAACUAUUCGAGUGGUUUCUAUGGACAAGGACUAUCACGUGGAAUGCUAUCACUGUGAGGACUGUCAGAUGGAGCUAAACGAUGAAGAAGGACACCGUUGUUACCCGCUGGAUGGUCACCUGUUGUGCCACACAUGCCACCUUAAACACAUAGAGUCAAACUGCCCUUCGGUCUGAUGCUGCCAACUCGCAUAAUCAGUUCUGGAUAUCUGCUGCCCUCUAGUGGCUGUGAAGAGACAUCAGCAAUGCCAAAACCACACACCUGAAUACCUACCAGUACAAUCUCAAUGAUAUGAAUCUCAGGUUACCCUGGGGUCACAGGAUUCUGUGUCUGUCCGUCUGUGUGAUUAGAAUUUAAUAUGUAGAGUAUUUUAUUUUGCCUUUUUUUCAGGAAUAGUUCAGACUUUCUGUGUUUUUCUAUAGAAUCUUGUCAGAUACACAUCUUGCAUAUUUGCUGUGUUUAAUUCAGCUGCUCCUUCCAUGCAUAUGUAAUAGAAAAAAACAUGAGUAAUCCAGGUUAGGUAACCAGGAUAAUACUAAAUAAUGAGCAAAAAAUUGUGUACAAUGAAAUGUUGGAUUAUGAAAUUAAGUAAUACAUUAGAUUUUUUCCAGGCUGUUCAUAAAGAUCCGUAAAGAGCCAUAACCCCUGCUGCUCAUAGUUUGCCAUUAAAUUAACUUGUAAGCUGUUUUAAGUAUCUAAGCUUAAAUGGUAAAAUGAUAAUGACUGAAGUGUUUAAUGAUAGAUUACAACUGCUUUAUUCUACAGAAAAAUAACUCUGUUUUUUAUUUUGAUGUGUGAGUGUGACUGAGUGACCAAGAGAGAUGAACUGUUGAUGGUGCUUCACUGUAGACAUCAGCUUUAUUUGUCCUGUAUGUGUCUGUUAUUUAUCCUUCCAUUCUUGUUACAUAAAUGUAGCCUGUGAGGAUGA